CAGAAAACAAGGGGCGGAACUAAAACCAAAACAGCGGAAGAUUCAAAAUGAAGAUGGCGGCUGUUGAUUGUACUCAACAAAGUACACACGAGCUAAAAAGAAGGGAGACAAGAGGCUGUGUGUUUACAAGCAUGGAAACAUCAAACAUAUGCCAGCCGGUCAUCUUCAAUCCGGACUUCUUUGUCGAGAGGCUGAAACAUGAACAUCCACAGACCUUCACAGAUCUGGUCCUGGCACACCUCACACGACUCAUCGACCUCCCAGGAGAAGAGUUUGCUGAGCUCACAGGGGACUGUGAGCCCAGGAUGCCAUCCUCGACUGGCUUCCUCCGCUCCUUCAACUUCCUGAGACGAAAAGAGAAAGGUGUAAUUUUUGGUGCACCCUUGACUGAAGAAGGAAUAGCGCAGAUCUAUCAGCUGAUUGAGUACCUGAGCAAAAAUCUUCACAUUGAGGGGCUGUUCCGCGUGCCGGGCCACAGCCUCCGACAGGCCGCGCUGAGGGAGAUGCUAAAUGCCGGGGCAGAAAUAGAUCUCGAGACGGGAGACUUCCACCCCAACGAUGCCGCCUCGCUGCUCAAAGCCUACCUGGGAGAGUUGCCUGAGCCCCUGCUAAUGCACAAACACUAUCAUGCCCACCUCAAAAUUGGAGAGCUGACUCUCUUUGAUGAGAAAGGAGAUAAAACUAAAACUCCAGACAAGGAGCGGCAGGUGGAAGCCUAUCAGUUGAUUUUCAUGCUGCUGCCACCAGCCAACCGCAGUCUGCUGAAGCUCCUGUUGGACCUCCUCUAUCACACCGCGCGCAACCAACGUGUCAACAAGAUGUCCGCUAUCAAUCUUGCAACCAUGUUUGCGCCACAGAUUAUCUGGCCCAAAAAUGUGAUGGCAUGCGAUCUUCAGGAAGACAUUGAGAAGCUAAACAAUGGCAUAGCAUUUCUCAUUAGGCACUCUCAAAAGCUGUUCAAGGCCCCGCCAUCUAUCAAAGAAUAUGCACGUAUAUACUUCACUGGAUCCAAAACUCUUCAAUCAAAGGAUGACCUGAUGUUAGUCUCGGGGACCAAAGAGCCGCCGGCUGUGCCACAGCCUGCAUCCAUUGUUUCCCCUUGCACAAGAAAGAUUAGUGGCAACAGCUCGAAAAAGUUGACGGAUACUGGGACAUACACCGAAUCAGCUCUGCGAGAACUUUACCACCAAGUCAACAACAUGCCCGAGUCUGCCAAAAAGAAGAAACUCAUCAGGCAGUUUGAGAAGCAGCCUUUGGUGACACCCUCACCGGAUCCCAGCUCACCAUUCAGCAGGAAGCACUGGCGAUCCCGCUCUUUGGGUGGAAUUAUUAAGAAGAAAGUGUUGGGAAGCCAAAUAUCAUCAGGCAAGCCAAAUGGCAAAGUGCAUAGGGCAUCAGACAGCUGCUCAGAUGAUAACAGCAGUGGAGGGGCUGUACUCCAAGUGAGGAAACUUCCCAUCUAGCUGUGAAGGUGGAUGCCUUUCCAGCCCUCUUUAACUUAAGGACUGAAUAUGUGUCAAAGAGCCAAAUUUUAUUUCUGCGUAUUUUUCGGAGAAAAUGCAGAGUUUGUUGAUGAUCUGAGCAGUGAGGGUGCUAUGCUCUGUUUCAGUCAGCCGCCGCGUAACCAUUUUCUUCAGGAAAUGUGUUUAAAAAAAAAAACACGUGAAUGCAUGGCAAUUGAUGUUUAAUUUUGUUAUUAUUGUUGUUUAUUUUGUUUGUUUGUGUUUUUUUUUUUUAUCCAAAACAUAUUUUUUAUUCAUUGACUGGGACCAUUUCACAGAAAUGUUGAGUUGAGAAGACCAGAGACGUGCCUUAAAGUGAAUUUCUUAAGUUACUUACUAUGUUACAAUUUUGCAAUUUCUAUUCUACACAAAAUGUGUGCAAUUUCCUUUUUUAGGUCUCCCAAACAUCAGAAUGUGCUAUAAUUUAAUUUAAGCGGAGUAUGUUUAAAUGAUGUUAAUUUAGAAUCCAAUGUCCAAAGGACACUUUCUAGAGAUGAUAUAUUUCUCUCUUUGGGAAUUCAUUGCUGUUAUGUUUUUGUUUUAUAUAUAUUUUUUCCGGGUAUACUACUGUCCCUCAAAUGUGUGUUUGUGCUCUUUUGAGUACAUUUGACCUUUUCCAAGUCAGUUCUGCUUUCUUUCAGCUCUGCAUAGUUUUUGUCUUUCUGCGUACUGUAUUAGUUGUGAAAGACUUUUUACACUUUUUGUAUUGCUGGUUGAGGGCAAAUGAAGUCCUUUACUUUCUUAGUGGGGUGCUUUCUGUGAGGGUUUUGAGCCACUCUUGUGAAAAGUUCUCAUCAGUUGUGGUUUCUUCCAGUUCCAAGGCCACUCUGCCAAAUUGUUACAAUACAAGCCUGAUGUGGCAAAGUCACCUAAAUGGACUGUGUUGACUGGUGAUAUUGAUGCUACUGUGAAACCCAACAAAGGCCUUUUUAAAAGACUUCAAACCAUA